AUGCGUCAUGUCUGGUCUGGUUUCGUUCGAAUAGCGCUCCGAUACGUGGACGACCGCGAUCGCCGUCGCCGCCGCCGUCGCGGUCUCCGAAGCUCCGCGAACGCCAUUAAAGUCCUCCUGGUUUUCGCAGAACGAGAGAGAGAGAGAGAGAGGGCGCCAUGAGGAGGAAACCGAAGGUCGCGAAGGCUGGAGAGAAGCCUCAGCUGCUUGAAAGCAGAAUUGUCCCUGAGAGAAAGGAAGAGUUGCCGCCUGAAGGUACAAAAUCGCCACCAAAUGGACUACAAAUGCAGUCUGCAAAUCCAAAUCCUUUGCUGGAAAAAGCGGAACCAAUGCCACCGAGUGCAGAUUCUUCUGUGGAAAAAACAUCAAAGCCUAAAAGGAAAGCGUCUGCUGGCUUGUCUGCCUAUAAGAAGUCGAGAGAGAAGUAUGGUUCGGUCCGCCGAUCUGGACGUCUUCAAAAUGCUGUAGUUCCUGCUAGGAGUAAGGACAUAGGACCUGUUUUCGAAGAUAUAACUGCCACUGACAGUGAGAACGAAGAUGGGCCACCUUUACCUGAAGAAGAUCCAUUGCAAAAGCUAAGUUUGAGUGAAAUGAGCUUGGAGGCAAAAGUCAAUUACCUGCUCAAACAAGUGGAACUACUAGCAAGUUUCAUGGAACCUUCCAAUUCUAAGGUGGCUGGGGAAUUUUUUCCGAGUGGAAGUGCUUCCAAUGCAGAUCCUAAAUACAAAAUUUUGCAUAUGGAUUGUGAUAAGAAGAUUGAAGCCCUACUACAUGAGAAUCAUCUCCUUACCGUGAAGCUAGAAAAUGCUGUCAGCAAACUUGAAAUGUAUGAGCAAGGGAACCGCAUAUUCAGCGAAGUAUUGGAUAAACUGAAACAAAUGGUCGUGCUAUUCGAUCUGACUAAACCUGCUGAAACAGUUGCUCAUGGAAAGCAAACCACACGGGAUGGUUCUUUGUCUCCGGGUGCAGUCGGGAAUGCUACUUCUCCUAAGAGGAAGAUGCGUGAUGGUUCUUUUUCUCCAGAUGCAGUUGGAAAUACUGCAUCUCCCAAGAGGAAGAGAGGAGACCGAUAGGUGAAACCAAGAAGAGCUGAGUUUCUCAAUGGCAUGCCAAGCCAAAAAUAAAAGAAGAAAAGAGUUCCUCAAUGGCAUUAGGUUAUUCUUACGUUAGCAUGUCGGUUAACUGACUAUGAUACCUCACAUUAGAUGCUAACUCUAUCUGAGCGCAACUCGGUUUCUAGUUGAGAUCUCUUUAUGCUUUUUAGCUGGUUUUGUUUAUGGUGCGUGCAUUGUUAAGACAUCUUAUGUAUCCGCCUUCCCUCAGUUUCUAGUUGAGAUCUCUUUUGGCUUUUCA